UUCACAUGAGUCAGGAAGCUGGAUGCUCACAAUAAUCAAGCUGACAUGUAAACAGCGGUUUUCUGUAAUGCUGGGGAUCAUUUUUCUAUUUUUAGGUAUUAAAUCCGCUGCAUACUUUGAUGUAUUAAAUUAAGCAGGACAUUUAACCUUUUUUUUAUAUCAAGGAGUUGCUGAGAAGCAGCUGUCAUAGCUCUGCUGUCACUUGGAGCUAGAUGAAUAUGGACUUGGAAGAGCAGGAAAACGAACUGCUUGCUCUGCAGAGCAUAUUUAGUUCAGGAGAGUUCCUUCGAAAGGAGUCAGAGUCUGCCGGAGAAUUCCGAGUUUCUGUGGAGCUUCCUGCGGGAUUCAGUGUGCUCCUGAACAAUGGUGAAACAACGAGGCAAUAUGAAGUCUCUUUCCUUCCACCACUACUGUUAACCAUUACACUUCCUGAUGAUUACCCAUCCUCCUCCCCUCCUUCCUUCACUCUCACCUGCAGCUGGCUGACUCAGUCACAGCUAAUGUCACUAAGUAAUCAGCUGACUGAGCUCUACCAGGCCACUGGUGGCACUGUGGUGCUCUUCUCCUGGAUGCAGUUUCUGAGAGAGGAUGCCCUGAAGCACCUAGAUAUCCACACUCUGCUGGAGCUUCCUUCUGAUUCAUCUAAGACUCCUCAAAUAAACAAAAUCAAACAGGAUGAUGAUUCUGAAGCCGGCGAACAGAAACGCAAUCCAAAAUCUGGAUCUCUAAAUGCCCAGAAUCACUUGUCAGCUAACCUCCCAUCUGGAGAUGCUGUGAACAAUUCAAACUUCAGACUUUCUAAAAGCUCUGAAUCUACUGAUAACUACCAGAAAGAUUUAUCCUCAAAAGCAGAAAAACCUGAACUUCCUGGGUCUGUUUCAGUCAGACAGGAAGUGGUCCAUGGCGUCCAUCCAAAUAAAGACCCAGGGUACUCGGGUCUCUCUUUGACUCCAUCCCAGAUGCUUCUCUCCCAGAUUUUGAUCCAUGAUGCAGAUCAGAAACAGAAGGUGUUUGCUUCCAGGCUGUUUGACUGUGGUGUUUGUUUCUCGAGCUGCCUUGGAUCAGAGUGUGUGCAGCUGUACAAAUGUGGCCACAUCUUCUGCCAGGCCUGUCUCAGAGAUUUCUGUAAAGCCCAGAUUACAGAGGGGAAUGUUGGGGGAGUUACGUGUCCUCAGCCGGACUGCCCUGCCACACCGACCCCUGCACAGGGGCCCCUUGGUGUAGCGGGCACCACGUUGGUGACCCCUGCCAUAGAGCACCAAGCAUCCACAGUUUUUACUGUACGUCUUGCAUGUGUGAAUGUGUGUUUCAGGCUGUUUUUUGUGCAAUUCUUAGAGGGAAUGAAGGCACUUCUUGAGGACUAUGCCAAAGGCAGCAAGCGGAGGCGUCACCUCCUGGAGAGAAGAUAUGGCCGUAAAUUGCUUCUCUAUACCAUUGAGAAGCAUGCAACUUCCAUGUGGAUAGCUGGAAAUACCAAACCCUGCCCUCACUGCUUCUGCACAAUACAGAAAGAUGGUGGAUGCAACCACAUGUACUGCACUCAGUGUUACCGGCCAUUUAACUGGCAGUGACUCUUUAAACUGGAGUCUGAGGUUUCAUUCAGAUCUUUGAAAUCACAGGAUCAUAUGGUGUCCUGCAAGGAUGCUGCUAUCAAGUUCGUGGCCCUGGACCAGAAAAAAUAAAUAAAAAGGAGGAUUAUGAA